UAUUGGCCUUGCAGCGGCGCGCGAGAGCAUGAGUAGACGAGAGGGUCCCCGCGCACGCGCUAUUAUUGUUUUGACUGAAAAUGCCGUCGGUUUCGAAAACGGCGGCGAGCGCUUCUCCUCAAACCGAGAAACCAACCCACUAUUCAUAUUUGAAGGAGUUCAGGACCGAGCAGUGCCCACUGUUUUUGCAGCACAAAUGCACACAGCAUCGACCCUUUACGUGUUUCCACUGGCAUUUUCUAAAUCAGCGAAGACGGAGACCCAUACGAAGAAGAGAGGGGACUUUUAAUUACAGCCCAGAUGUCUAUUGCACGAAGUAUGAUGAAACAACAGGAAUAUGUCCCGAUGGAGACGAUUGCCCUUAUUUACACCGGACCACUGGUGACACCGAGCGCAAGUACCAUUUACGUUACUACAAGACUGGCACCUGCAUCCAUGAGACGGAUGCUCGUGGGCAUUGUGUGAAGAACGGCCUCCACUGCGCCUUCGCUCAUGGACCACACGACCUUCGGCCACCAGUUUAUGACAUAAGAGAGAUCCAGGCACAGGAAGCUCUGCAGAACGGCCAGUUGGGAUCUGGGGAGGGAAUUCCUGACCUGCAGCCGGGUGUGCUGGCCAGCCAGGCCAUGAUUGAGAAGACCCUGAAUGAGGACCCACGCUGGCAAGGUGUUACUAAGCCUCCCAUUCUAAUGCAAGACCAGUAUAAGAGAAAUAAAGGAGGCUGA